AUGGGCAGCCCGGUCGCGCUAGUCCGUCACGUGAUGACAAACGCGAUGGCGCGUCACGCAACCUCUCUUACCCUGCCCUACUUGACCUCGCGACUUUUCUACAUCGGCUCUCUCUCUCCUCCACCAUCCUCCACCAACCCUCCACGGCCGCCGUCGACUCCUCUCGGCCUCGAUAGCUCGCCUGCCUUCGCCAUGGCCGACGAUAUCGUCAUCGACAAAACCCUUUUCCACGAGCGCCUUUCCAGCUUCAUUGCCAAAUGGAGGGCCGACAAGCGUUCCACCAACUCCAUCUUCCAAGGCGCUGACUCAAUCGCAACAGUCGUGGGAAAAGCCAGCGACCCAGGGAGUUAUUUGAAGCCUGCAGCUUUCCAGCUAUGGCUUCUAGGCUACGAGUUCCCCGCGACACUGUUUGUCAUCACUCCCGACUUGUUCCAAAUCGUCACAACCAAAAAGAAGGCUUCAUACCUGGAACCUUUGAAAGGCGGCAAGGUUCCCGUUGAGAUCCUCGUACGUGGCAAAGAUGCCGAGGAGAACAAGAAGCAAUUCCAAAACUGCAUCGAAACAAUGAAGAAGGCUGGCAAAAAGACUGCCGUGCUGAAAAAGGACAAUGCAACUGGUGCAUUCGCUGAUGAGUGGAAAGCUGCCUUGACGGACGCCGGCUUCAAGGACGAGGACCAGGUCGAGCUGGGCCCUGUGCUCUCCCAGGCGGCUUUGUCCAUCAAGGACGAGAAGGAGCUGCGUACCAUCAGAGAUGCGUCGCGCGCUUCCAGCGCUCUCAUGACUAAUUACUUCGUCGAAGAGAUGUCCGAAAUCCUCGAUGGCGAGAAGAAGAUCUCCCACAAAACCUUUGCCGACAAGGUUGCCAACAAGAUCGAUGACCAGAAAUUUUUCGAGAAGCAGAAGUUGUCCAAGAAUUUCGACAGUCUGCAGCUUGAUUGGGCGCUGCAGCCGACAGUACAAAGUGGCGGAACAUACGAUCUUAGGUUUAUGUCGGAACCUGACGACAACAAUCUACAUGCCGGCGUCAUCAUCUCGGCGCUUGGCUUGCGCUAUCAGACAUACGGUGCCAUGGUUGCCCGGACAUACAUGGUACAACCGGUGAAGAACCAGGAAGCUACAUAUAAAUUCUUGCUCUCAGUCCAUGAUCUGAUCAUCAAGAAAAUCAAGGACGGUAUCUCCUCUUCUGAGGUCUACAAUGCAGCUUUGGAUUACAUAAAGAAGAAGAAGCCUGAGUUGGAGAAACACUUCCCUAAGAGUGUGGGCUAUAGCAUUGGCACUGAAAACAAAGAUGCAACCCUCCUUCUCAGCGCUAAGAACAGGCGUCAACUAAAAGACGGCAUGACGUUGGUGAUCAGCACCAGCUUCCAAGAUCUUGUCAACGACAAGCCCCAAGACAAGAAGAGCAAGACAUACUCCCUCAUUCUGGUUGAUACUGUCCGGGUCAGUCUCACGGACUGUGCAGUCUUCACGAAAGACACACCUUCAGACCUCGACUCUAUCUCGUUCUUCUUCGAUGAGUCGGAGGAAGAGACGAAGCCCAAACGUGAGCGUGAGCGUCCAGCCAUCGCUCAGACCAACAUCACAAAAACCCGAACCCGCCAUGAACGUCCGACCAACCAGGAUGCCGAGAAGGAAGCGCAACGACGUGAGCAUCAAAAAGAAUUACACGCCAAAAAGCAGAAGGAAGGUCUAGAGCAAUACGGCGAGGGCGCAAAGGCACUCAACGGCACGGAAGAGAGGAAAUUCAAGCGUUUCGAAUCUUACAAGCGAGACAAUCAACUACCAGUCAUGCGCAAUCUGGAGGUCUCCGUGGACAAGAAGAAUCUCACCGUGAUCCUUCCCAUUAUGGGGCGACCGGUGCCCUUCCACAUACACACCAUCAAAAAUGCAUCCCAUACCCCUGAAGCCGAUUUCACCUCGCUCCGCAUCAACUUCCUAUCACCAGGACAGGGUGUUGGUAGGAAAGACGAUCAGCAGCCAUUUGAAGACCCGAACGCACAUUUCAUUCGAAGUUUGACUUUCCGCUCACACGAUGUCGACCGUAUCGAACGAAUUACUAAAGACAUCACCGACCUCAAGAAGGAUGUUGUCCGGCGCGAACAAGAGAAGAAGGUCAUGGAAGACGUUGUUGAGCAAGACAAGCUCAUUCCCAUCAAGAACCGCAAGCCCUUCACAUUGGACAUGGUGUUCAUUCGUCCCGCCCUUGACGGUAAACGCAUCGCGGGAGGCCUCGAGAUCCACCAAAACGGUCUGCGUUACAUACACGGUGGGGGUGGUAUCAAAGUUGAUGUGCUUUUCAGCAAUAUGAAGCACCUGUUCUUCCAGCCUUCACAACAUGAGCUCAUUGUUAUCAUCCACGUACACCUCAAGAACCCUAUCAUGUUGGGUAAAAAGAAGACAAAAGAUAUUCAGUUCGUUAGGGAAGCUACCGAUAUGCAAUACGAUGAGACCGGUAACAGGAAGCGCCGUCACAAGUAUGGCGAUGAGGAGGAAUUCGAGCAAGAACAGGAGGAGCGAAGGCGUCGCGCGGCGCUUGACAAGGAAUUCAAGAACUUUGCGGAAAAGAUUGCAGAUGCUGCGCGCAACGAGAACGUCAGCGUUGAUAUUCCAUACAGGGAACUGGGCUUUAAUGGUGUCCCCUCUCGCUCUUCAGUUCUCGUAUGCCCCACAACAGACUGUCUCGUGCAACUCACUGAGGCUCCCUUCACCUGCAUAACCCUCUCCGAGAUCGAAAUCGUACAUCUUGAACGCGUACAGUUCGGUCUCCGCAACUUCGACAUGGUCAUUGUCUUUAAAGAUUACAACCGUCCACCAGUCCACAUCAACACCAUCCCCGUGGAGUCACUCGACCCAGUCAAGGAUUGGCUCGACUCAGUUGAUAUUCCUUUCACCGAAGGCCCGCUCAAUCUCCAGUGGGCAACCAUCAUGAAGACCGUUAUUGCGGAUCCCCACGCCUUUUUCGCUGAGGGUGGCUGGAAUUUCCUGUCCACGGAGUCGGACGAUGAAGAAAACGACGAGGAUGACGAGGAGAGUGCGUUCGAGGUGUCGGAAUCAGAACUCGCCAUCUCAGACGAGAGCUCCGAAGAAGGAAGCGACUUUGACGAGAACGCGUCAGACGAUAUGUCUGACGAAGGCUCGGAGGAGGACUUCUCCGAGGGCGAGGAUUGGGAUGAGUUGGAAAAGAAGGCGGCUCGAAAGGAUAGGGAGAGUGGAUUGGCUGAUGAAGAGGAGAAGCCGAAGAAGAGAAAGAGAUGAUUGCGCUCAUGCCCGGCGGGCGUUGAAUGCCAAUCACUGCGACAGAAAAUAUGGUAUUCGGGGAUGCAAAGUGGAGAUUAAGCGGAGCGAGCAAGGUCUCGCUCUCAUUGGCCUAGAAAUAGGCUUCUUUAUCUCUCUCCUUUAUUCUAGUUAACGGGAGUAUGUUUAUUUGGCAAAUUCCAUAUCUAGCUGGGUAGGACCGAGUACGGCAGACAAGGGUUUUUUGGGUCUUCAUUUCUUUUCCAAAGGAAAGAGUGCAAAACUGCUGGUCGAUUGACUUUGAACUUCUUAUCCUCUUUCAUUUUACUCUCAACCUCAUACCCCGUCUUUUAUCGUCUUUCAUUUUCGCUAUCCUCGUCUGUCCCCCCUUUAUUCCUGCCUCUCUUCGUUCGUUAGCCACUAUCGAACUCUGUAGGGUGAAUCUAAAAGUUGUGACCAGGCAGCCAACCUUUUGGCAUACUGAAAAUUUUACUUGC